GCUUUGUCUCAGCUAACUGAGGCCAGUGACAGGGAGAGGGAGCUGCUCCAGCAAACUGCCACCUUCCAGGAGCAGCUGAGCAUCCUCAGGGCAGACCUGGAGCGUUCACAGGCCAACAGCAGUCUCAAAGAGAGUCACCUUUUGGAGGAGAAUGAACACCUCAAAGAGCAGCUGGAAGAUGCUCGUCGAGAUCUUAAACUCAACAGUGAAGCCCUGACCCAAACUGUGUUCAACUGCAAUAACCAGCUGACCGCCUUGAAGUCUGAGUUUGCUAUGACGUCAAACCGUCUGGAAAACGAGCGACAGACUCGCGAAACGCUGGACGCAGAAGUCGAUUCCACUCGUGUCCGCCUGGCUGGAGCCGUAAAGGAGGCGGAGCUUUGCCUGUCAGCUCACACAGAGACAGAGAGAGCUCUGCUCCGGGAGAGAGAGGAACACCAGCGCCUUAAGGACAGACUCACAGGUGAAGUAGCCAAUCAACGUGAGUCAGUCAGCAGCCUUUCCCAGAAGCUGUCCAAGGCAGAGACUCGCGCAAACAGCCUGGAGAAUGAAGUUCACCGAGCCACACUGCAGCUGACGGAGAAAAGCCUCCUGCUGGACGUCCUGCAGCGGGAGAAGGACCAGGAGGCUGCCCGGGUGAAGGAUCUAGAAGCCGCCCUGCAGGUGAAGGAGGAGCAGGUGAACCGCGCCGGAGCACGGCAAGAGGCCGCACAGGAGCGGCUAGCCCAAACCCAGAGUGAGAGCAUGUUACUACGGCAGCAGCUAGAGGAGUCCCAAAACAAAGGCGUUGCAAAGGAGCGCGCGGUGACAGACGCCCAAGAUCGCUUCAGUGACCUCCUGUCCCAGCUGCGCUCCGACAGCGAGGAGAGGGUACAACUAGUGGAGGAGAGAAGCAAGGAGCUCGCCAGUAAGGCUGCUGAAUUCCGAGAACAGCUCUACAAGAAUGAGGAACUGAGGAGCGAAAGAGAGACUACCUUAAGGCAUCUGCAGCAGGAGCUGGCUGACUCACUCAAGAAGCUGUCAAUGAGUGAGGCUACUCUGGAGGUCAACACACGCUAUCGCAAUGACCUGGAGGAGGAGAAGGCUCGACUCUUUAAAGACUUGGAAAGGCUCAGAGGAAAGCUGGAGGAAAGCGAAGACCAGUAUGUUCAGGCUGAGAGACGCAUUAACAGUCUGAAGAGCAGUCUGGAUGAGAGGGAAAAGGAGCUCUCCACCGCUGUUCAGAAACACCAGGAGGCGCUGUUAGCCUCGGCAGCUUCUGAUACCACCAUCAAACAGCUGGAGGAAGCUAUGCAAAGGUAU